GGUACAUAUAUACAUACAUAUAUAUAUCGCGAACACACGCAGAAAGAGAGAGAAAGAUACAUGGCAAGAUAGUAAUAAAGAAGAGAAUAACAAUAAUUGAUAAGAAUAAGAGUAAUAAAGGGUUAUUGGCGACAGAGAGAGAGAAGGGAAGAGAGGAGGGAGGAGAGAGUGUGAGAGAGAGGAGAAGAGAGAAGACAAAGGAAGGAUCGUACAACAGAGAGUGUGAACGCUUAAGUAAAUUUUAGGAAGAUCUACGGUUAGAGUACUUCUACUUUGCGGCUAAUCUACUCAGCGGGGCCUGUUCUACAUAUAUACGAUCGAGAAACCUCAACAGAGCACUGGGCGACGCUCUAACCCUCCCAGUAUGCACCUGGAGCCGCGGUUCGAGGCUCACUUCAAGAUGCGGUAGAGGAAGUCCCUCGACUAGAGCCAUACCCAACUCACCCAUCUCACUCGCCUGUGCUCGAUUCACACAGUCGAACAUCUCUUGAAACACCACUCGAACCAGCCCUGUGCAGGAUCAGCCGAAAGAACCCAGCUAAAGUAACUGAAGAAAAAACAAGUCUGGUGCUUCUGAGCGACGACGUGCAACCACUGCCUAGAAAAAGCACCGCCAAGUCGCCGGACCUUAGAGCAAACCGCCUCGAAUCUCGCCCGAUAGCAACCUAGAACACCGGGUGAAUUAAUAAAGAGAGCAGAGAGCAAAAAAGAAGAAGAGGCUGUGAGGGACAGGUGAACAGAGGAGCCGUCACGGUGGCCAGCUUAGUGAGCGGCAACGUAGCGGUGCGUUACGAUGAGGCGUCGGGAGUGGUUGGCACGGGGGGUGUCGUGUUGGCAGCCACUUCCAGGUUAGCCACUGCUGACCCAGCGACGUCCAGCAUGGACACCAGCGACUCCAGCAUGGACACGACGAACGGAGGCUCGAGCACAGGGGUGACAGGCGUCGGGACGAUCGCCUCUGUGGUGGCAGGAGCGGCUUCCCUGACCUUGGUCAAGGCUGAGACGCCCGAGCACCUGGCUGGAACGUCGACGACUAACGCGGCGUCGUCGGUGACCGUACCAGUGGCCGCGUCAACUGGCCUGUUCGCUGGUAUCGCGACAGGGAACAAGAGCGCCAGACCUGACGAUUGGCUGGCAACAAAUAGCCCUGGAUCGCCGUCAGCAACGCUGCAGGGCCAGCAUGUGGUUUACACGAAUCCUCAGCAACAGCUGACCGAGUCGCAGCAACAGCAACCACCGUUGGCACACUCCAGCCCGCUGGCGCAUCAGCAGCAACAGCCAGGCAGCAACAACGGCUACGCCAGCCCUAUGAGCACCAGCAGCUACGAUCCUUACAGUCCCAACAGUAAGAUAGGUAGGGACGAGCUGUCGCAGCCUGGCUCUUUGAACGGCUAUGGAAGCGGCGGAGGCGGAGGCGGAGGCGGAGGAGGCGGAGGUGGCGGUGGUGGAGGCGGCAGCGACGGCUGCGACGCUAGGAAGAAGAAAGGACCGACGCCUAGGCAGCAGGAGGAGCUGUGCCUGGUGUGCGGUGACCGUGCCUCUGGCUACCACUACAACGCGCUGACCUGCGAGGGCUGCAAGGGCUUCUUCCGGCGCAGCAUCACGAAGAACGCGGUGUACCAGUGUAAAUACGGGAACAAUUGCGAGAUUGACAUGUACAUGCGGCGCAAGUGCCAGGAGUGCAGGCUGAAGAAGUGUCUGACCGUGGGCAUGAGGCCUGAGUGCGUGGUGCCAGAGUACCAGUGCGCUGUCAAGCGUAAGGAGAAGAAAGCGCAGAAGGAGAAGGAUAAGCCGAACAGUACAACGAUGAACGGCUCUCCAGGCAGUGGAAUACGCGGCGAGCAGAUGGGCGUGAAGAUUGAGCCAGCGGAAGCCGAAUCGUUGUCCACGUCUGGGAGCAGCGGUAUCCUGACGCCAGUCAGUCCCUUCGGCUACGUGAAGCCGAUCAGCCCUGAGCAGGAGGAGCUGAUACACAGGCUCGUGUAUUUUCAGAACGAGUACGAGCAACCCAGUGAAGAGGAUCUCAAGAGGAUCACUCAUCAGCCCUCUGAAGGAGAAGAUAUCAGCGAUUACAAGUUCAGGCACAUCACCGAGAUCACGAUCCUGACGGUGCAGCUGAUCGUCGAGUUCUCGAAGAGGUUACCAGGCUUCGACGAGCUGAUGCGAGAGGAUCAGAUCGCCCUGCUGAAAGCAUGUUCCAGCGAGGUGAUGAUGCUCAGGAUGGCGAGGAAGUACGACGUGCAAACGGACAGCAUAAUAUUCGCCAACAACCAGCCGUACACUAGGGACAGCUACAACGUGGCGGGCAUGGGCGAGACGAUCGAGGACCUGCUACACUUCUGCCGGCAGAUGUACGCCAUGAAAGUGAACAACGCUGAGUACGCGUUGCUGACGGCCAUUGUCAUAUUCUCAGAGAGGCCAAACCUGCUCGAAGGCUGGAAAGUCGAGAAGAUCCAAGAGAUCUACCUGGAGGCAUUAAAGGCGUACGUGGACAACCGUCGCAGGCCGAAGUCCGGCACGAUCUUCGCGAAACUGUUAUCCGUGUUAACCGAGCUGCGGACCCUCGGCAACCAGAACAGCGAGAUGUGCUUCAGUCUAAAAUUCAAGAACAAAAAGCUGCCAGUUUUCCUCGCCGAGAUCUGGGACGUGACACCCUAGUUCCCCCGUGGCCGAUCCCCGUCGGCUAACAGUGUUGUUGUUGUUGUUUCAUCGCGUGUCCGCGCGACGACGGUGAGGCUGGCUCGGCGCAGCGUCAUCGACAAGACGUGGCGAAACCUCCUGUACUAGUGCACCACCAUGCCACUGCCUCAUCAUCAGGGCGAGAUCACCGGUGUCUGAAAGAUUUGACACUGUUUGACUCGUUCAGAGUUUCGCUUCACAACCUUCUCUCUUAGAAGCUUCAUAAGAGCCACAGAAAGAGAGAUGUUAGAGAGAGUCCAACAUGUUGAUAUAUAGUCGAUUGGAGAGAGCUGGACAAUUGGAUGGCGAAGAGGAGGAGGGCAGUGGCGAGGCACCCAGGCUGUGAUACGUAGAGACAGUACAGAGACUGUAAUAAGGAGCUACCUACAGUUAUGUUAUUACUAUAUCCUCUACCUGGCUACCCCCGGAAUCGAUAUGUAAUUGUAUAAUGUGUAAUGUAUAAGGUAACCGACUAAAAGGCGGGCGCGUUGUACGCAACAGACGAAUCGAGUAAGAGAGAAUGUACACUUGUGUGUAUGUAAGAGAAAGAGAGGUUGAAUGCUUGUGUGUAUAUCUCGUAUGAGUGUGCAAUUUUUUCGGCUGCGAAUAUUUGAGACAGAGAAUGAUAAUCACGAUGAUAACAUUGAUAUGAUAAGGACAAGGAGGAUCAAUCGCACUUGUGUAUAGCUCUGUGUGUGUGUAAAGAAGGAGGGGUAUAGAAGAGGGCGGGACCCGACACACGAAUCGAUAGUGCGAGGUGUUUCGACAAAGAAGCAGAUGACAAAAAAGAUGAAGGGAAAAAAAAAAUUAACAAAUGAUACGAUUAUACAUAAUGAUACCAUAGAGUCUAUAUCACAACACAUAGCAUAAUAAUAUAUUGCUAGCAUGUACAUUGUUUAUACGAGGAAAAGAGAUGGAUAGAAGAGGAUGAAACAAAGAGUUGGUUUUGAUGAUGAUCACGAUGAUGAUAAUGACGAUGACGUAGACGGUGAAGAUGACACAGGUCGAACAGGUCGAAGACGAGGCUUUGGCAUUUGCGCACGUCCAGGUUUUCUUUUUCGCGAUAACAAAGGCAGAGAGUGGGAGAACGAGAGAGAGAGAGAGAGAGAGAGAGAGAAAAAGAGAGAUGGAGAAAGAAUAGAAGCGUGUAGUAGCAACGUAGGACGUUAAGUAAAG